AUGGCAACACCCAGUAGACCACACCACAUAUUACCAUCCCAUGUCAGGUGGAUGACCUGUACCUGGGUAUUGGUUGUACUUCUGUUUACAACAAUUGACGAUGCUGUUUCCCAAGAAACCACAGCCAACUUCACCGGGUAUGAGACCCCCCUACAGGAGGUGGAGCCAGUGUACUGCCCCAUUGCCUGUAAGUGUGAGUGGCUGUUCGACUCCGGCGUGUACGUGGACUGCCGCGGCUACGACAUCUUAUUCCUGCCGGACGAAUACCCACAGAGAACUCUCUGGCUGUCCCUCUCCCAGUACAUCCUCACCAACGGCCUCCAGCCUAACAGUUUUGUCCAGACACCGUACCUUCGCUCUCUUUCCCUCCGACACAACAACUUGGUCCACAUCUACCCGGACGCUCUUGCUGCCAUCCAUGAGUUAAACGAACUUGACCUCAGCCAUAACGAGCUGAACGACUUGCGAGGAAUCUUUAAGUGGGUUCCCGGUGUCAAGACGUUGGAUCUGUCACACAACAACUUCAACACGCUUGACGAAUUCUUAAAAGAAGUACCGGAGUUAAGAAGGUUGUACGUACACCACAAUGAGCUACUACAGCUGGGCACUCUGAAUCAUCUACGGUACCUGAGUGUUGUCAUCCUGGCACACAAUAACCUCACCACUAUAGAGGGUACCAUGGAGAACUGUACCAGGCUGCGAGCCAUCGACAUCAGCCAUAACAAACUCACGAGCAUUGAUGGAACAUUGGAGGACAUGACGCUUCUACAAGAACUGAAGGUGAGCUACAACAAGCUGUCAACACUGGGAAAUGUCUUCAGUAAGAAGCACAACGGGACAUGGAGCAUUAAGAGAGUGAUGGCUGACCACAAUCGCAUCACGUCUGUAAAGGGCAUCUUCCCCAACAUGCCUAACCUCGUGACUUUAGACUUAAAGCACAACAACAUCACGUCGGUGGAGUACGCCUUCCACCAUAACAACAAACUGGAGCAGCUGUACCUCAGCCACAACCAGAUUGUGGUCAUCCACAAUGUUUUCUACAACCUGCCACGGCUGGAGGUGUUGGAUCUGCAGAGUAACGACAUCAAAAACAUUGAUGGAGCCUUCAGUAACAACCGAGCAAUCAGAGAGCUGAGUCUGAGUCACAACAAGAUUAAUGCCUUGUACGGCGACUUUGACUCCAUGAAACAGCUGGAGUUCCUGGAUCUGAGGUACAACAAGAUCGACCACGUCCGUAACUCCUUCAUCACAGGACAGCUGCCCAUCCGCUGGCUGAAGCUCGGACACAACAACAUCUCUGUUCUACACGCCGUUUUCAACGACAUGCCAAACUUGAUCGAGCUGGACCUGAGCCACAAUAACAUCCACACUGUCCGCUACUGCUUCCAUGAGUUAAGGAGUCUGCAAGUUCUUGAUCUAAGCCACAACAAGUUGGACUACAUCGACGGUCUGUUCCACCAUCUCCCCUCUCUUGAGUAUUUACACCUAGAGCACAACCUGGUCUACUCUCUUGGCUCAGCCUUUCACAACUUACAGAGACUGAAAUCCCUGAACUUAGCAAACAACUCCAUCAACAACUUGGGCAACGGAUUCAGCAGAAACGUCAACCUUACAAACUUGGACCUCACAAGCAACAGGAUCGGCUCCUUGGGUAGUUCCUUAAAGAAGCUGUCAAAACUUAAGUGGCUGUUCCUCAGCCACAACGAGCUCAACCACCUUAAGGACGGUUUUGAAGACCUGACUGACCUCAAAGUUCUUGACCUCAGCAAUAACAGCUUGUACUGGAUCUAUGAAGCCUUUAAGAACCUUGGCAACCUUAAGAAGUUAGAUCUGAGUCAUAACCACCUUUCAAGCAUAGCCACAGCCUUCUCGGUAUUGGACAAUCUGGAGGAGCUACAUCUUCAACAUAACAAGAUUCAGUCCCUGGACAAGGCAAUAAGGAGGAUGAAGAAGCUGAGAUGGGUCAACAUUAACUACAACAACAUCAGCAGCAUCCGGGGGGAGUUUAAGAACCUGGUGCACCUCCACGGGAUGUACAUCAGCCACAACAACAUCCAGUCAGUACGCCACGGGUUGGACGGGCUCGUGAGCCUUCAAAUCGUCGACCUAAGCUUCAACAAGAUUACCAACCUCGACGAUGCUUACUCCGAUCUACACUUUCUCGACGAGCUGCAUCUAAACAACAACGGAAUUGUGACCAUCGGGAAGGCGUUCCGUAACCUACGGAAUGUGCGGUGGCUGCACAUGCACUACAAUAACUUGACGUACCUGGGGAAAGAGAUGUUGGGUUUGAAAGCUGUAGAGUUUGUGAACGUGAGCUGUAACCAGAUACAGGAGUUGAAGAUCGACUUUAGCCAGAUGACACACUUGGAGAUCCUGGACUUGAGCCACAACCGACUGGGGAACUUGACAAAGGAAAUCAAAGCUCCCAACCUUGUCAGCUUGUUUCUGCGCAACAACAACAUCGGGUUCAUCGAGCACACGUUUGCGGCCAUGCCGUUUAUGCGUGUGCUAGACCUAGCCUACAAUCACAUCAAUGACAUCACCUACAUGUUCUACGACUCUCCAAACCUCAACGCGCUGGACUUAAGCCACAACCGGAUCCGCUACACCGAAAUGGCGUUCACGAACAACCCAUUCCUGGGGGAAGUCUACCUCAACAACAACCAGAUCACCAGCAUCAAGAACACGUUUGCUCACCAGAGCUACCUGGGGCUCGUGGAUCUCAGCCACAACAAGCUGACUUCGGUACACAACCAGUGGUGGCUGCCGAUCUACGUGACUCACUUACGACUUGGCAACAACCCUUGGCACUGUAGCUGCUCCAUGCUACAGUUCAUAAUCGUGCUAGACAGGCGAUCAGACAAAAGCCAGGUCAAUGUAACAUGCACAACCCCCAAGAACACGCAAGGGAAGUUCAUUUGGGACUCGGGGAUCCAGGGAGCGCCGAAGAUGCAGAUGAACAGGACACACGUGGUCGUGAGGAAGGGACAGGACGCCACGCUCUACUGCGAGACUCGGGGAUGCCCCAAACCCAAGAUAUCCUGGGUACUCGCCAACAACAAGACAGUCACACCUGAAAAGGUCGAACCGGGCUACACGGUGGAAGAGUUUGGGUCGGUGAGUGUUUUGACCAUCGAGGAAGUGGAUGAGAUGGACAUUGGGAAGAUUAAGUGUGUGUCUAGCAAUGUGCAGGGGAGCUCUACACGAGUUGCCAAGCUGUGUCUGAAGAAACAAGAUGCCUACAUGUUCUUUGAGAGAAUAAUAUGUGAAGUAACAUAGGCAAUAGGACUUAAAGUAGCAGUAACACUAUGAGAAGCACAGUGUGCCACUGU